AUGGCAAAUGGCUUUUACAUCUUUUGUGGUCAUGUACUUGAUUACAGCAACAUAGUCUGUCCAUUUAACACACAUGUACUUGAUUACAGCAACAUAGUCUGUCUAUUUAACACACAUGUACUUGAUUACAGCAACAUAGUCUGUCUAUUUAACACACAUGUACUUGAUUACAGCAACACAGUCUGUCUAUUUAACACACAUGUAAUUGAUUACAGCAACAUAGUCUGUCUAUUUAACACACAUGUACUUGAUUACAGCAACAUAGUCUGUCUAUUUAACACACAUGUACUUGAUUACAGCAACAUAGUCUGUCUAUUUAAUACACAUGUACUUGAUUACUGCAACAUAGUCUGUCUAUUUAAUACACAUGUACUUGAUUACAGUAUCAUAGUCUGUCCAUUUAUUACACAUCUACUUGAUUACAGCAACAUAGUCUGUCCAUUUAAAACACAUGUACUUGAUUACAGCAACAUAGUCUGUCUAUUUAACACACAUGUACUUGAUUACAGCAACAUAGUCUGUCUAUUUAACACACAUCUACUUGAUUACAGCAACUUAGUCUGUCCAUUUAAUACACAUGUACUUGAUUACAGCAACAUAAUCUGUCUAUUUAACACAUAUGUACUUGAUUACACCAACAUAAUCUGUCUAUUUAACACACAUGUACUUGAUUACAGCAACAUAGUCUGUCCAUUUAAUACACAUGUACUUGAUUACAGCAACAUAAUCUGUCUAUUUAACACACAUGUACUUGAUUACACCAACAUAAUCUGUCUAUUUAACACACAUGUACUUGAUUACAGCAACAUAGUCUGUCCAUUUAAUACACAUGUACUUGAUUACAGCAACAGGGUCUGUCCAUUUAAUACACAUGUAUUUGAUUACAGCAAAAUAGCCUGUCUAUUUAACACACAUGUACUUGAUUACAGCAACAUAGUUUGUCUAUUUAAUACACAUUUACUUGUGUAUUUAUUAAACAGGUUUUCCACCAAGAUAUUGUGUAUUUUUGUUUUUUUUUCUCAUUCCUUCAUUAUAUUGUACCCAUGGACUGAAUGUUAG